AUGACUUUGGCUUGGGGUGAAAGGAGAAUUGAGAAAUUAUUGGAACUGGCAUUUGUUUUGGUGCUAGCAGUCACUGCAGUCUCAGGUUGUGGCAUACCCACUUACCUCCCCAGCACCAGCAGGGUUGUGAACGGGGAAGAAGCUCGGCCCUACAGCUGGCCAUGGCAGCCAGGUUUCCACACAUACAGAGUGGUCGUGGCAGAGCAUGACAUGAAUACAGAGGAGGGUUAUGAGGAGUCCAUCAUGGUGGACAAGAUGAUCCUCCAUCCUGACUGGAACGAUAACUGUGUCUCAUCCCUCCUGAAGCUGGUGAGGAGUGCUGUGAUCAAUGACAAGGUCCAGCUGGCCUGCCUUCCAGAGAGCGGUGCCAUCCUUACCCACAACCAGCCCUGCUAUGUCACCGGCUGGGGGCGCAUCUACUCUGGUGGUGCAGCAACCAACCACCUGCAGCAGGCCCUGCUUCCUGUGGUGGAGCACAGUGUCUGUAGCCAUAGUGACUGGUGGGGCAGCUCUGCAAAGACCACCAUGAUCUGCGCUGGCGGAGAGAGCAAGUCCGCCAGUCAUGGUGAUUCAGGUGGGCCACUGAACUGCAGGGCAGAUGGUAGGUGGUAUGUCUAGGGUGUCACCAGCUUUGCGAAUGGUAAAGGCUGCAACAUCCCCCAGAAACCCACUGUCUUCACCCGUGUUGCCUCCUUCAUCCUCUGGAUCAGUCAGGUGAGUUAUGACGUAAUUUAUGAGGCCCCAGGCCGAGGCUGUCUAGCUGCUGAGUAAUAUCACAUAGUUAAAAUAAUGGCACCCGAGACCUAGUAGGGAUUAACUGACUGAACUGUGGUGCAGCAGAACUGUUGCAACAGCACAUGGAUUGCAAGAGAGUUGGUGUAAAAAAAAAAAAGCCAAGUGGCAGUGCAUAGGAGG